CGUUUUCAUGCCCACGAGCGCCAAGCCACAGCAAACAAGAUACCACGACGACGAAUUCGAGUUAGUAUCGUGAUAGACGAAGACCGUAUGCUGGUAUAAACGACAUUCGAGAAUAAUACUCCGACAUGGAGGACAACGAGAUCCCCAACGACACUGUGCACCCCGAGGUGCGGGCGCACAUCAACAGUCUUGUUUCUGCGCUGGGUGGUUACAGUGUAGACAGCGACGACGACAAGUAUAAACUCGGCGACGACGCCCUCGAAGUCCUGCGCGAUCUGAAGAAAUGGAUUCGAUUCUACGAUGAGAAGACGAACCGCAUGGACGUUGCGCGAUGCCUCGCCGAAGCGAAUAUUGUCUGCACCGAUCUCCUCCAGAUUCUUGCUUUAUGGCCGCCAAGCGACAAUGAUAGCAAAUACAGGUCAAAGGUUGCGUUGGCGUGCUACGAGCUUAUGGUACCGCUUACCUGGCCCAUCGAGAAGGACCCCGAGACCAUGACGGUCAACCACCACAGACAUCUGCCAGUGUUGCAGUUGGCGCAGCUGAAUUACAAGAGGGCGAUUAUCAACUUUGAUGCGGCGCAGAUUUUGAAUACGGCGAUCAGGGUAGCGCUGCCGAGUAUGGCUUUGCCGAUUGGUGACAGAACAGCGAGAGAUCAGGGUAUCAUCAAGUUGAUUCUAUACUUCCUGCGGAAUAUCGCCAUGAUUAGCCCGCCUUCAGGGAUCAACUACGAGGGGGACGAAUCCCAGAUUUCGAGGUCAGCGCUGAUUGAUGCCUUCUCGUUCCAAGAUGUGUUCCUUGCCAUCUUGACAAUCGCAUCGAACAUGGGCGAGGACUUCCGGACGGAGGACGUCAUUAUCCUGGAGAUAUUAUUCCACUUGCUCAAGAGGGUGGACUCGAGCAAGCUUUUUGUCAGCGAAAAGCAGCUGAACAAGAUCAAGACGGACGAGCUGACGGCCGCCAUGAACAAGGAGGCAGCUAUGCUGAGGUCUUACAACAAGAAGGGGCCAUCAAGGCAUAGUAGGUUUGGCACCAUGAUUUGGGUGAAGAGGGAAAAUGGGAGAACAGUCACAGUUUCUGGUCAAGACGCAUUACUCGACCCUGCUGCGCGAGAACGGAAGAUGGACGGCUCCAAAACCUUCAAGGCACCAAGACGAGCAAGGAAAGACGAAGCGGACAAGGAGCUAGGUCCACCUGUCAACCUCGACGAACGCGCCCGUCAACAGCUCAAGGAUUUUGUCUCUGACUUCCUCGACUCUGGCUUCAACCCCCUAUUCCUCCACCUCCAGCGAUCGAUCGAUCGAGAAGCGGGCCACGUUCUUGAAAGCCACAAGGCUCAGUUCUUCUACCUGGUAUCAUGGUUCUUGGAAGCUGAACGAGUACGCCAACAAGCCAACAAAGAUCAAAAGAAGCCUGCCCAACCAGCAGCUGAAGAUGAUGUCAAUACCUUCAACCUUGUCGCCGGUGUUCUGCAGCCCGAGAUGAUCAUCACCCUCAACAGAUACCUCGAUCGCGCCUACACGGACAAAAAUUGGCCGCAGCUGACGACCGUCAUGCGUUGUUUUACCCAGAUACUGCUCACCAUCCAGGAGAUGACCGACAGCGGCAACGAAGAAGACGAAGAAAUCGCCGACAACCUCCUCAGCAACCUCUUCUACGAAGAAAAAACCCACGAUACCAUCGCCAGCGUCGCACGCACCUUCAAAGACCAAGGCUUCGAGUACCUCGACGCCUGCACCGAACUCACCCACACGUUCCUUCGCAUCUUGGAAGCCUACUCCAAGCAAAACGUCGACAUGCAAGUCCGCUCCCGGCGACGAACCCGCAAGAAGAAGAAAGCCAAACAGGCCGAGGCUGUCGCCGCUGGGGGGACCAACUCGGACGCGGAAGAAGACGAAGACCUCGUCAACCCCGUCUCGGAUGACGACGACGAAGCCGAUGCCCGCAAGGCGGAGCAUACCUCCCAAGAGCGCAAAUUCAACUUUGCCCAGUUCGCCACGAGAUUUCUACCCCAGGGCGUGGUUGACACAUUUGUCAAGUUCACCCACUUUUACCAGGACCUCUCUCCCGAACAACUCAAGCGUGCGCAUCGAUAUUUUUAUCGGGUGGCGUUUAAGCAUGAGAUGGGGACUAUGCUCUUCAGGCUUGACAUCAUCUCCCUGUUUUACAACAUGAUCAAGGGCCCUCAGCCACUUGAUUCUUCCACUGUCGGGAAGUCGGUCUACAAAGAGUGGGAAGAGCUGGUGAAGCAGAUUUUGAGGAAAUGCACCAAGAAGCUAGAAGAGCGACCGGCGUUGUUUGUCGAGUUGUUGUUCAGCAAAGAAAAGCAAACGGCGUUUUACCUUGAGUACGGCUACGAGAGGCAGACGAGCUCGGUGUCGACAAACCCCCGGCCGGGGGCAGAGUUGGAGUUUAAAGACAAGAUGCUGGAGAAGGAGGCGCAGAUUGCGAUUGUGGUGGGGGUGUUGCUGGAUAGGAACCAGACGGAGUGGUUGGAGUGGGUGAAGAAGACUUUGGCGGAGGCGGAAAGUGAAAGAAGGGGGUGGGAGGGGGAACAGGAGGCGAGGCAGUCGGGGGCGACAACGGAUGGUGAGGUGGUGGUGGGGUUGUUGCCUGAGGCGCCGUAUACUGUGAUACACCCAUCCAAUGACAAGUGCCGAACGGCAAUGUUCAAGAACCCGCAUUUGAGGCUGUUGAUGAAGCUAGUUGGAUUUGAGAGGUUAGCGCCGACGUUGGAUGAGACUCCGGAUUCGGUCUGGAUCGUUCCCGGGAGGAUGAGCGCGUAUGAUCUAAAGGAAAAUCUGAACAUGAUCAAUAAGGCGGAGUUUGAGCCCCCUACUUUUGAGGCUGGGGAGCUGGCGGAGGAUCAACUCCGCAGAAAAUCUGCUGGGACAAAAGCUGCGCCGAGGAAGAGGGCGACGUUUGAUGAUGGGGAUGAUGAUGAUAUUUUGGAUGAUGGGGAAGAGCCGCUUUUUGCUGCGGGCCGGUUGAAGUCGAUCAACCCUACGGGCGAUAGGCCGAAGAAGUUGAGGAGGAAGAGGAUGACGAUAAAUAGUGAUGGGGAGGAGGUGGAGGAGGUGAGGGAGAUUGAUGAUGAGGAGGCGGUGGCGAGGGUGAAGGCGAGGAAGCUGAAGCAGCUGGAGAAGUUGAGGAAGAUCAAGAGUGAGAUGUAUGUGAGGGCGAGCGAUGAUGAGUCGGAUGAGGAGGCGGAUAAGGAGUUUUUUGCGAGGGAGGAGGAGAGGAGGCAGAAGACGAGGGCGGCAUAUGGGGGGCCGGCCAAGGAAAAGGAGAAGGAGAAGCCGACGGGAGUGGAGAAGAGUGCUUGGGAGAGGUUGUUGGACGGGGAUGAUAGUGAGGAGGAUGACGAGGAUGCGGUGGUGGAGAGGCCAAAACCGAAGAAGGCCGCCAAGAGGGGCGGCAAGAGAAAGUCGGAUGCUGCUGAUUUGGGAGACGAUGAGGACGUUGAUAUGGAUAGGGAUGAUGAUGACGAGGAGAAUACGGCGGAUGAUGAAAGUGAGCGAUCAUCUUCAGCAGCCUCGCCGGCGCCGGCUAAGAGAGCUGCCAAAAAGAGGAAGCCGAGCAAGAAGCCGGUUGACGAUGAUGGGGAUGAAGAGAUGCAAUCUGCUACUCAGACAAGUGAAAAAGGUGUUGGUGAUGAAGACAAGGGUGGUGGCGAGGAAGAUACCGAUGACGACAUGCCGGUCGCUGCGCCAGUACGAGUGCGACCGAGGGUUAGAGCAGGGUUUAUUGUGGAUAGCAGCGAUGAGGAGUGAUUGUUUUUGGAGGUUACUACAUUUUGUACACAUAUACCAAUGCAUGGCGUCUGCGUCAUCUCUUCAUAACAUCAGUAAACAAGCCGGAAAUCGACGGCGGGAUCAGGCUACAGGCAAGGUUACUGUGUACUUUGAGCAUGCUGGAUUUGCUGGCCUACCUAAAUAAUAAAUGCUUAC